UCCGCCGUGCCCGGGCGCGCAGCCCCGUGUGGAGGUCGCUCUUUGUAGUGCCGGUGUCACACCGCCUGUGAAGCGCUGCUUGCCGUUAUCUGCCCGUUAUUAGCCAGCGGUGGCGCCGGGUGUGCUCGGCCCGAGCCGUGCCAGGGGAGCAUGAGGAGCUGGAGGAGCAGCUCCAGGUCCAGCAGUUCCUCGCCUUAGUGUUCUGUGGCUGCAGCUGUGGGUAGGGAUCCCUGUCCGAGGGAGGAGGCAGAGAAAGCCCGCACGGAGGACGAGCCGGGCAGUGUAACUCGAUCUGCUGCUGCCCCUGGGUGCUGGGAUGAAAUCCAGCCCGUUGGGUCCGGGCUGUCUGUGCUGGUGGCACCCAGACUGUGGGGCUGUACGAGCCAGUCCUGCAGGCUGGAGGACUCAGGGAUGGUUUUCCUUGGUGCAGAAUCCACUCUGAUGACACAGCUGGAAAAUUCCAGAGCCUGUUUCUGAGCUUCCGCACUGCCUGCUUAUCAAAGGACUCCCACAGACAAUUUAAAGGGUUUCAGAGCUGCUUUUUCCCAGGUGGUUUGUUUUCUUUGGGCUCAAACAAUCACCUUUAACCCCUUUAUUUUCAUCUUCCCUUUGAAAAAGGAAAGGAGCUCUUAGUAAAAAAAUGUCGUGGAUCAGAGAGGGCGAGCUGACCAUCAUAGAGAGGUUCUGUGCCAACAUCAUUAAGGCAGGUCCCAUGCCCAAGCACGUGGCCUUCAUCAUGGAUGGCAAUCGCCGCUACGCCCAGAAGUGUCACGUGGAGAGACAGCAGGGACAUUCCCAAGGCUUUGAUAAGCUGGCACAGACGCUGCGGUGGUGCCUGAACCUGGGCAUUCGGGAGGUGACAGUCUAUGCCUUCAGCAUUGAGAACUUCAAACGCUCCAAGGAGGAGGUGGAUGGGCUCAUGGACCUGGCCAGACAGAAGUUCAGCCGCCUCCUGGAGGAGCAGGAGAACCUGAAGAAGCACGGGGUGUGCAUCCGUGUCCUGGGGGACCUGCCCCUGCUGCCUGUGGAUAUCCAGGAGCUGAUUGCCCAAGCUGUGCUGGCAACCAGGAACUACAACAAGUGCUUUCUGAAUGUCUGCUUUGCAUACACAUCGAGGCAUGAGAUCAGCAAUGCUGUCAGGGAGAUGGCCUGGGGGGUGGAACAAGGACUGCUGGAACCCAGUGACGUGUCUGAGUCCCUGCUGGAUAAGUGUCUGUACACCAACAACUCCCCUGACCCAGACCUGCUGAUCAGAACCUCUGGAGAGGUUCGCCUCAGUGAUUUCCUGCUCUGGCAGACAUCCCAUUCAUGCCUGGUGUUUCAAUCAGUCUUGUGGCCAGAAUAUUCCUUUUGGAACUUGUGUGAAGCUAUCCUUCAGUUCCAGAUGAACCACAGUGCUUUGCAGAAGGCCAGAGACUCCUACCUGGAGGAGAGGAGGCGGCAGCAGCUGGAGAGGGACCAGGCUUACGUGAGCAAGAAGCUGCAGCAGGAAGGGAGCUCGUGCCCCGGGGACCCGCGGCGCCGGCGCACGCUGCUGCAGAAAUGCACAGCCCUGCGUGAGGAGAGGAUCCAGGGCUUCCUGCAGGCCCUGGAGCACAAGAGAGCAGACUUCUUUGAGAGAUUGUGUCCAGUGUCUGCAUGACACAGGUGCUGGGCUCUGGGGAGCACAGUUCAGAGGGAGCAGGGCUGCUCCAGCACCUCCCUUCCUGCCCGGGGCAGGGAUGGCUGCUGGGAACUCUCCAGGCUCUGCUGCUGCUGCUGAGGAAGGUGGAGCCGUCCUGUGUCACCUCCCUGCCCUGGGGACAGGUACCUGCACCCUGCUGGGUCCUUGGCCAGCCAGGUGUUCUGGUGACAAGAAGUUAACUGCAGUGAGCCUCCUCCAUCCAGUUCUCUGGUUCCUCCUGAACUGGCCCAGCCAAACCAGUCCUGUUAAAUCAGUCUGGGCUCCGAUUCUCUCCUUGGCUUUGCAGCAGAGAAUCUUCUGUUGAGAUGUCCUCUGCUGUCCCAUCAAGAGAUCCCUGCUUUCUGCAGGGAGAGGAUUGUUCCUGGUGUCAGGGGCUUUCCCCACUGCCUCCUCGGGGACAGCAUCUGGUGUUUUCCCCACCUGACUCUGCUGGGUUGGAUAUAUCCACUCCUGGUUUCUAGAGAGCCAAAGGAAGGGUUCCCAAAAAGAAAAAGCUGCUCCAAAGCUUCAGCAGGUUCUGAGAUCUCUCCUGAGCAGUGUAUGUGGGGAAAACCCAGGUGCAGAAGGUGCUGGCGUUGGACCACACUGACCUCCUGAGCAGGCAGGAAAAAAGGAUUGGUUGGGAAUGAACCUCCUCAUGAAGGAAAGGAAAUUGGCUGAACAAGGUGAUGGCUACCAUAUGGCAAACCCUCUGAGGGAGUUGCAGGGAAUGAGGGUGGGUGUAAUUCAGGAAUACAGUAGCCAAAAACCAACCUCUGACCCCAGCCAAAACGUUCAGAAGGGCUGCUUGGCUGAUAUUAAAGGGAGUGGCCAGAGCAGCUGUGGAGUGUUACUUGUUCUCAGUUUUCCACUGGCAGGGAGAUGGACAAGCUGAUUUCCAAGAUUGUUUCUGUCUGAUUCCUCCUGGUUUCCGUCCCCGUGAUCAAAGUAACUGAAAAUGUCUUGAUUUUUGCUCCUGAUGCAAAAAUGUGUGGCACUGCCAGCUGUUGCUGGGUUUGAAGUGUUUCUUCUUACCUCCAGGUGAAAACCACAAAAUGCAGAUUUAAAAGCCUUGUAAGUGCUGCACACUGAGCACCUGGCCUGUGAUUGUGAAGAGAAAAACUGUGUAGUCAAACUGGGAAUAAAGUAUAUUCAUACCAAA